GAACACAAACACAGCGAAGCGCGUUGACCUGCAGUGAAGAAUGUGGCAGAAGUGCGUUAAAACAAACUUGAACUACUUAUAAACGCCGUCGUAUUUUUGUUGUACUUUUUUUUUUUUUUUUUGCCUGAAGAAGCUAUGGAGCCGAUAACGAAGUGGACGCCGAAGCAAGUUGUGGACUGGAUGAAAGGCUUGGACGACAACUUGCAGCAAUAUGUGAGUAAUUUUGAGAGGGAGAAGAUCAGCGGGGAACAGCUGCUGAAGAUCACGCAUCAAGACCUGGAGGAACUCGGCGUGGCCAGGAUCGGACACCAGGAACUUGUUCUGGAAGCUGUUGACCUGCUUUGCGCUCUGAAUUAUGGAGUGGAAACGGAUAACUUGAAGAAUCUGGUGGUGAGGAUGAGAGCUGCAACCAACAGUCUCCACAUGGCCACAGCUGACAGGAGAAAGAGUCCAGCAUAUGACGGAAGCAUCUCUCGCAAGCCGCCAAACGACUUCCUGACCUCUGUGGUGGAGUUGAUCGGCGCUGCCAAGAGCCUCCUGGCGUGGCUCGACAGGACGCCUCUUACAGGGAUCAGUGACUUCACAGCGACCAAGAACAAGAUCAUUCAGCUGUGCCUUGAGCUCACCACCACAGUUCAGCAGGACUGCAGUGUGUACGAGAUGGAAGAAAGGAUCCUGGAAGUUUCUAAGAUUUUGAACAGUAUUUGUGAUCAGACCGUGAGAACCACAUCUGACCCCCUGAUGAGCCAAUCCACCUGCUUGGAGGAAGUCCAGCUGACCAACAUCAAGCUAGGCGAGGGUCUGGGAAUGUACAUCAAGUCUACUUACGAUGGGUUACAUGUCAUCACUGGAACCACAGAAAAUUCUGCUGCAGACCUAACCCGAAAGAUCCAUGCUGGUGACGAGGUGAUACAAGUUAACCAACAGACGGUGGUGGGCUGGCAGCUGAAAAACCUGGUUUUGAAACUGAGAGAGGACCCUAAAGGUGUUGUGCUGCUACUUAAGAAGAGGCCCACGGGAACAACUGGUUUCACCCCCGCCCCGCUCAAGAACAUGCGCUGGAAGCCACCCGUACCUCAGAAUAAUUCCUCCCUGACCAGAACCCAGUCCCCCUGCAGUUCGGUUAACGGAUCAACCAAAAAGGAGAAGCCAGCGAUCCUGGACUUGUACAUUCCCCCUCCUCCUCCAGUCCCAUACACCCCACGAGAGGUGAGAACAGAGUCCUUCUCCAGCAUCAGUAAAAGAACAAAGGGCUCGGAGUCCCCAAACUCCUUCCUGGACCAGGAGAGCCGAAGACACUGCACCAUUCCUGAGUUUCACAAGCUGAAUGCCGGCUGCCCCAUCGAAGCCAGCGUGAUACAGCCCAGAAUGAGGGAGCAUAAGCCUUCACGUGGUAAGCCUCGGCCGCUGUCGAUGCCAGCAGAUACGUGCGUCGGAGUGGUGGAUUCUUACGCUAAGCCCUGGGCACAAGACAGGAAAGGUGAGGACCUUCUGUACAGAUACCUCAGUAACGAGCGGAUCCCCACCAUCGCUGAAGAGGUCCCCUCCGUGUCCCGGCCGUACAGGCCUGCCGGGGAGCGCCACCUCGUCCGAGUGGACCACAUCCGAGGCAGCCGCUACUACUCCAACUCGGACCUCCACAGCAGCGCGACCAUCCCCUUCCAGGAGGACGCCAAAAAGGCCCCCGUUGCCCCCAUCUCCAAGCGCACGUCGGCCGAACGCUCACUACUGGGACCUGACUGGUUCUCGAGCAGUGACUUCCUCAACCGAUACAAUCAACCACAAAUCCGAUCCUGGUCCUUCUCUCAAGCUGCUGCCUUCCCCAUAUCUGUGACUGCUACAAUGGCUGCCGAUGAUUACAACCCCGUCUCCCUUCGACACAAAUCCAAGAAGAAAGGCAGAGGAGGCAAUGGUACAAUGAGCAGGAGACGGAUCUCAGUCAAGGAGCUGGGCCAGCCAGACUACCAGGGCUGGCUGUACAGGAAGAAAGAGAGCAAGGGCUUUCUGGGUAUGAAGUGGAAGAAGUACUGGUUUGUGCUGAAGAAGACGGCUCUGUACUGGUACGCCAACCAGCUGGCGGAAAAAGCCGACGGCUACAUUGAUCUCACCAACUUCAUGAUAGAUGUAGCCAUCGAGUGCAAGAAGAAACAUGCCUUCAAAGCCUGCCAUCCUCAGGUCAUGAUGUUUUAUUUUGCUGCUGAGAACCACGACGACAUGAACCUGUGGUUGAAUAAGCUUGGACUCGCCUCCAUUCAGUACGAGGCAACGGAGCAAAACACUGCUGCUGAGUGUUACAGUGAAGCCAGCGAUCAUGAAGAAGCUGAAGCCACGGAGAUCCCUCCCCCACCAUACACUGAGCAGACCCUUCAGGACCUGGUGGUUGCCUCUGAUCCACCUGGGAGCACGCAUCAGGGUACGCUUCCUCCCCCUUAUUCAUCCACAGCCCCCAGCGAAGCCAACGGGUCCCUCUCCUCCCCUGUCAGCACGAUGACGUCGCAUAGCUCUGCCUCCUCGCUGGGCAAACAGCGGCAGUCCUGGAUGGACCUGGUCUCGCAGGCGCCUCCGACGGCUGGUGAAACGGCGGUGGUGUGUUCAGUCCAGGUCCACUCUCGUCACUCCCAUCAGGAAAUGGAAGAGGAAAUGGCAUUGGAGAACUUGAUUCCCCAAGAUUCUUCAGAUUCAACAGGAUCCAAUGACGAAAGCCUUGCAGCAGAAGGGAACGAACAAAUGGAUGUCUUGAGGGUUCGAGAUGGUGACCGUGGGAACAGCUCAGAUGAGAUGGAAAAGUUGUAUAUCCAUCUGAAGGAAGCCAGCCUCUCGCCAAUAGGAGACCGUAAACCAUCCACAAAAAGAGAAUUCAGGGCCUCCUUCAUAAAACGCUGUAAAAACCGCAACGUCAAUGAUAAGUUGCACCUUAUCAGAGCACUCAACAGCACAUUAAAGUCAAAAGAGGCAGACUUGCAGGCGAUAGAGCUGGUACUGUCGGAGCCACAACUUACCUCAGACAAGUUCAGAGAGUGGAAGGACGCCAACGCUCCUUUGGUGCACGAGAUCUGUAUCAAAAAUGACCACCAGGGGGCAUCGCAAGCUGUAAAACCUGCAGCAUCCAGCAUUGAUGCUCCUGUUGUGGAGACUAGCUUGUAAAGACUCCUCGUACCUCCUCUGUGUUUGGACUCUGGACUUAAACUUUGAAUCAACACACACUGCUGUUUUUUUUUAUUUGUUUUUGUUGUUGUUGUUGAGAGAAGGGUGUUUUUGCUUAUUUUCAUAUGAAUUGAUAAUGAAGUGCUUUUCAACACAGCUGCAUAUGUGAAGGUCAUGUCUUGGUUCCUUCAUGAAGCUGAAACUGCCUGCAUUAAAAUGUGAGAUGCAUCAUAGUAUUUGUCAGGGUCAGUAUGUGGGAUUAACCAGUUUC